GCCUCCGGCUGCUGCACACCUUCUGCGCGGCCCAACAGUCGAGUCUUUGCUAGCGCUGUGCGCGUUGAGGUUAUAGUACACGGGUCGUGCGGAAACGAGAAAAGAAAUAUCGCGGCGAUCAAUGGAUCCUCGGCGUCCAGGGAGCGCUAUGCAGUCCCGCAUUUACCACUAGCGUCUUCAAAUGCCGGCGUAAAAGAUCAUUAUAGAACGUCGGCUCGAUGCCGCAAGUGCUUGGACGUCAUAUUUGUUUUUCCUGCGCGCCGUCGUCUGCUUCUGCGCCCGACCGAAGCCGUGUACGUAGUUGCUUGUCGUCUGCAGUUCUGUGCGUCCGCUUCGUCUGCCUACGCGAAUACUAUGGGAUCUACACGCCCGAAAAACGGAGUGAGUACCGCAGCUCUCUUUCUGAAAACGAGCGCCCUCGCCAAGCAGCGCCGGGGCGCGAGUAAGAGGAAGAAGAAAAAGAUGGCCGAGUCGACGUCACAGGACGCCCUCGCCUCCGCGGGAGAGGAGGAAGAGGAGGAGGACCCGGACUUUGAGGAGCUGCGUCCGCCCGAGGUGGACCCGCUGGCCGAGCUGCUCGACCAAGGCGGGGAGGACUGCACUGUCGAACAGGACGGGGGAGACGCGGUGGACGUGUUGCCGCGCGGAGGCACGUGCUUCUCGUACUCGCGGGUGCACGAGCCGAGCUGCAGCCUGCUGACGCCCAACCGGCUGCUCACGCUGCCCGACUGCCCCCUCGAGGUGAAGAUCGUCUCUGUCGAGCGGGACCACAGCAGCACGCACAUCCUCUACCCCAACCUGUACGUGAUCGAGCUGCGGCACGGCGACUUCCAGUGGUCGAUCCGGCGUCGGUACAAGCACUUCCAGCAGUUGCACCAGCAGCUGCAGAUGUACCGCGCCGCAAUGUCCAUCCCGCUGCCGACCAAGAAGCACCGCGAACGGCGGCGUAGUUACCGCGAGGACAACGCCCGCAGGCCACUGCCUCGCUUUCCCAAGAAGCCCGAGAGCCUGCUGUCGCAUGAAGAGGUCCAGCAGAGGGCGGAGCAGCUAGAAGCCUACCUGAGCAACCUGGUCAUGGUUCCUGCCUACCGGAUGAAUCCGCACACGAUGCAGUUCCUCGAGGUGAGCCACCUGUCUUUCGUGGGCGGCCUGGGCCCCAAGGGCCGCGAGGGACUCGUGUACAAGCGGUCCGGUGGCCAUCACAGCGCCAGGGGCUGCGUCCGGCUCCACUUCCUCUUCUACCAAUGCUGCAGCAGGUGGCGCAAGAGGUGGCUGAUUGCGAAGGACACCUGCGUGUUGUACGUCCGCCCUCGCGACGGCGUCAUCAAGUCGGUGCUCCUCAUGGACCAGGGCUUCCAGGUCCAGUCCGGCUUCAUGGCCACGGGGGUCAACCACGGCCUGCUCGUCACGAACCUCACCAGGAACUUGCUGGUGAAGUGCUGGACGAAGCGUAAGGAGCGGGAGUGGAAGGACCACCUGCAGGAGCUGGCCAAGACCGCGGGCCGUGACUUCACGAACCCGAACCGAUACGACGCUUUCGCCCCGGUCCGGUCCGCGAGUCGCUGCCGAUGGUACAUCGACGGGUCCAAGUACUGCGAAGCGGUGGCCAACGCCAUCGACCUGGCCCGGGAAGAGAUCUUCAUUGCCGACUGGUGGCUUACGCCCGAAAUCUACCUCAAGCGCCCGGUGGUACCCAACAACCGCUGGCGACUGGACCAGCUGCUUCAGAAGAAAGCGGAGGAAGGCGUGAAGGUGUUUGUGCUCCUCUACAAGGAGGUGGAAAUGGCGCUCAGCAUCAACAGCCUUUACAGCAAGCAGAAGCUGGCGGCCAUGCAUCCCAACAUCAAGAUCUUGAGGCAUCCCGACCACAUGACCGGUGGCAUCCUCCUCUGGGCGCACCACGAGAAGCUGGUGGUCAUCGACCAGAAGUUCGCCUUUCUCGGAGGGCUGGACCUGUGCUAUGGACGCUGGGACGACUUCAACCACAGGCUCACAGAUGUCGGUGGAAUUCAAAUGCAGAGGCAGAUCUCCAAGUCGGAGCAGCCUGAAGUCAACACAUCUAUGAGCGAGGUGGCGAACAGACUUCUCGCGUCGCAUCGGUUACGCAAGCAGAUGUCGGCUGGCGAUGCCACACUCUCCGAAGGGUACGGAACGACCGACGCUGUUGAUGGCGUUGGCGACGCGACGCCUCCGGGCGCCGUCACCGACGUGGACACCAGGAACCGUGGCAGGCGCUCCCUGGUGGGCGGCAGGCUUUCCAUGGGCGCCGCCGCCAUCUCCAACGGCGGCGCCGUCUACGUCGACCAAGAGGAAGGCAAGGUCGUCGUCGGCGACGACGGUUCGUCCAGGAUCGCGUCGAACUUGAUGCGCGCCCGACGCGUCUUCCGGGCCGUCACGGCAUGCCAGAAGCUAAAGAAGCAGCAGCGAGAUGAGGUUCCUCUGGUCGAAGCCAGUGCCUUAACCAGCCGGCAAAAGCAGCGUUGCAGUUUCGCCCUGCACAUGGGCAUGCAAGCCUUCCAUCGGCACACCCGAAAGGGCUCCCUGGACUCGCUCAAUGACCCUUGCGACGUUCCCCGCUCAGAACUGCGUGCCAGCUCACUGGAAGACGACAUGGGCCUCCAAGGAUCGGCCAAGUACUGGCUCGGCAAGGACUACACAAAUUUCAUCUUCAAGGACCUCACCGAAGUGGACAACCCUUUUGUCGACAUCGUGGACCGCAACGUGACGCCUAGGAUGCCGUGGCACGACAUCGGAGCGGCCGUUAGCGGAGCCGCAGCUCGAGACAUCGCGCGCCACUUCGUGCAACGAUGGAACUUCACCAAGUUCGAGAAGGCCAAGCAGCACGAGAACUACCCGUGGCUGCUUCCCAAGUCCUACCAGGACGUGGAGCUGGAGUCGACGCUACCGGAGUCUGCCGUCGGCACGCUCUUCACCGCAGACUGUCAGAUAUUGCGCAGUGCGAGCAACUGGUCUACGGGUAUCAAGGCGGUCGAGUCCUCCAUCCACUCCGCUUACAUCGACAACAUCGUCAACGCCAAGCACUACAUCUACAUCGAGAACCAGUUUUUCAUCACACUGGAGCAAGGGAACCCGACUGUCGAGAACCAGAUCGGCGAGGCCCUGUUUCAGAGAAUCCUCAAGGCACACAGGAACAAGCAGAACUUCCGGGUGUACGUGGUGAUGCCCCUGCUUCCGGCCUUCGAAGGCGAAGUGGGCACGGACACGGGCACCGCCAUCCAGGCCAUCACCCACUGGAACUACGCUUCCAUGUGCCGGGGGGACUCUUCGAUACUCGAGCGCCUCAAGGCGGCCGACGUUCCCGACCCGACCAAAUACAUCGACUUCUUUGGACUCAGGAAACACGACGAACUGCACGGAAAGCUGACCCAGGAGCUGGUGUACGUGCACAGCAAGAUGAUGAUAGUGGACGACGAGGUGACCAUCAUCGGCUCGGCGAACAUCAACGACCGCAGCCUCCUGGGCCGGCGCGACAGCGAGCUGGCCGUGAUCGUGCACGACACGGACCGCGAGAAGAGCAUCAUGGACGGCCGCGUCUACUCGGCGGGACGCUUCGCCGGGGCCCUGCGACGCACACUCUUCCGCGAGCACCUGGGACUCUUGGAGGGCGACGGUAGCACCAGCGGCAUCGACAUCAGGGACCCCGUGGCGUCCUCCUUCUACGAUGGCGUCUGGAGGACCACGGCUCGCCGCAACGCGCAGAUCUUUGAGAAGGUAUUCCGCUGCAUUCCUUCGGAUAGCGUGCGUACAUUUGCGGGCCUGCGGGAGUUCACUGCCAUUCCUGGUCUCGCCGAGACUGACCCCGACCAGGCCCGCGCUGAACUCCGUGAAGUCAGAGGUCACCUGGUUGACAUGCCCAUGGAUUUUCUUGCCGAGGAGAGCCUCACACCGGCAUCCGGUACCAAGGAGGCUCUCAUGCCUGUUGCUCUUUGGACCUGAAAAAACCAAUUUGAGGUUCAGCGCAAUCGAUGCUUGGGCACAGGAACUUUCAAUGUCUGUACAUCGAAAUGUUUAAUUGUCUUCCCACUGCAUGGGGUACGAAAAUGCGGCAUCGGAACUGCUAUCGAUAUGUUAGGCAUUUCUGGGUCAUGGCUGUGUUUUGACAUUUCGCGCCGUAAGCACGACUUAGUGUGUGAUUGUUUUCAUCGGAUCCAGUGGUGCCUGCUCAUUACACUGCUAUUUUGACAAUGACUGCAAAUCUGCACUGAAACACAAGGCCACACAACUGUGCAACAGACUUGCUGUCUACACAGGCAGCAAGUCUGAAUGAAGAAGCACAAAACUACAAAUGAAGGUUGCUUCUAAAUUGUGUGUCGGUUCACACCAGGCUUCUUCGUACUGGUACUGCAAUUAAGGCACAGGGUAGCAAAGAGCUCCAUCUCCAAAGCCCUAUGCAGGUUUCUUAUGUUCCCAUGCCAGAAAUUCAAAUUCUAAUUUUUAUACACUCGUGCUGGGCUGCCCAUGCACACAAAGUGGGGGCUUGCUCAAUUUUGAAGAUGCCUGCAGUUUGAGCUCAGGUAUUUUCAGCAACAGCAGGAAAAACGCUUCUUUGAUGAGCUCCUAUCCAUCUAUGCAUACUUUAUUACCUGUGGCAGGUUCAUUGGGUAAGGUUUAAGAGCAUUAAAUGUUACCUAGCAUCUUUAUUUCGUAUUCUGGCAGUCUUUUCACAGCACAGUUGAUGUGAGAAUACAAUCCAAAGAAGUUUAAGUGUUAUCUCCAGGCUGCAUGAUACUGGUGAUAAUGUUGGAGAUGUCUAGGAGAUCAUAACCUGUGUGGGAAGAUUGUGGAAUACAAAGAUCACCAUUGUAAUCGUUUAAGUUUCAUUUUUUAACACAUCUUUUGUGUUCAUAAGUAUACGAGAUAGUGGCACAGCUUCCUGGUGGGACUAUUGCUGGAACUCGGAGGCAGUUUGCUACAACGUUUUCAGUUUAUUUCACGUUCCUGUUUCUUUAUGAAUCAUCCACUGCUGUAAACACUAAUGACAAAAUGCAUUUUAUUGCUGCUGCUCCAUGCAUUGAAUUUCUGCUACUUGAUCCAUUAGUUUCAAUACUACAAACCUGUUCAUGCCGUGCACCACUUUUUUGCUGUCCUGGUGUGCCAAACACUUGUUAUGUACCCAGAGUGCACUAUUAGAAAAGUUUACAUGUAAAACAAAAUAAUUAUGCUGAGUGCUGCAGUAUUGCAGAUCUGAAUGAUAACCAAGGUCACAUGUAGUGCAGUCUUUAGGCUAGAGACAGAGGCAUCAGAUGUGCUUAGGAAAGUAGGAAGGAAGGAAAAGUGGUGGAGGAAUGGUCACCUGCCAGCCAUUGAGUUGUCUGGCCAAGUGUUUCGGUGUCAGCCAUCUUGCUUUCUUUUGGAAGGGGGGGGGGGGGGAGGCUGAAUCCCCACCUAUUUCUGAUGGCAGUGGUUGUAGUUAUUGCUGUGUUAGGUGAACUUCAGAGGUAUACUGCUAUGGAGUGCCUGAACUGCCUUAAGGUUAAAAAUGUAACAGGCUAUAGCUGUAAUAGUAGGAAUUUAAUAGCUGCUGUAUAGAAAUAAGGUUAAAGGACUGUUUGCUUGUUUUGCAGGAAUGUGCUUGCUGUUUCUAUGUUUCAUAAUAUAUAUUAAGUGCCUCAGGUGAGGGGCUUUUCCAAAAGAGAGUAUACAAGCCAUUGAGUCUUUCUGCUGCUACUUACAGAUCAUGAGUCUAAAACCAAUGCACUAGACGGUUGUAACACCCGUCAGAGCAAGUUUCGAGUACUAGUUUUCUGGGAUGCAUGAUGAUAGCUUGUGAAACAUUAUGAAGAAAUGAGUGCACAUACCAGCUUUCACUGAGGCUACCUGUUUCCACAUUCUGUGACUGUUUGAGCAAGUUACCCAAAAUGUGUUUCGUACGGCCUCUCGAAAGUGGGAAAUCAUGUAGGUUUGAUAGAAUGGCACAUUGAGACCUGAUGGUAUUACUUGCUUAUCUCACGUUCAAUCUGUUUCCUUACAUUCGCUCUACCAGGGCCAGCUUUUUUCGUUUCUGUUUAAUAAAUGAUUUAUCUCACUUCCGAGACCUUCAGGGAUGUACACUACCAAAUACGUGUGAGAUUUCUUGCCUCUUUUCAACAAAUGCUUUGUGUGUCAUCUUGUUUGCUACGCAGCAACACCAUAAUCAACAUUGUUAAUAGACAGUUUUACAGAGUGUUGACAGUCCACCCCACUCAGAACGAUGUGUCCUAAUAAUUUGCACACAGCUGCUGAGCGAAAUUCUAGCGAGAACACUAAUGUGCGUUCACACAACACUUAUUCCGGCAGCGGAAUUUAGUAGGCUGGCCACAUUCCAGUACGAAAUGAAUUGAGCAGAGCAUGAUACUACGAAACCAAUUCAGCAGAGCAUGUGGGCGAGUAUGCUUGGUUUCUUUGUCAUUUACAGCGAAGCUGAGAGCACGUCACUGGUGUCUCUGGAAGAUGCCCUUGUUAAAUAAGUGAAAUCAACGCAGUUCACACAGCUAUUGAUGCACGUGAAAUGCAAGCGGAGCAUAAGCAACACUCUGUUAAAACUGUCAAAUUCAAUGAGUGCCAUGUUGUAACAGAUCGCCCUGCCAGCAACAAACAUUCUUUCUCUCUCCCCCCUGAACCUUUCGUAGACAUCCAGGGAAGUUUUGAUAACCAAUUGCUAAAUAAGCAAUCGGAGAGAAGUCAAAGCUACGAAGGCAAUUGCAGUUUACUUUAGGCUGUCAGUCUUCAUCAAUGUUUUCAAAAGUAUUUCUUGUUAUAUUUAAGGUUGGUUGCUUAAGCAUGGAUCUUGCUGCUUCUUUCUCAAUAUCCAUCAUGGCGAAUGUUGUCUCGGUUCUUUACUUUGGUAAGGCUAUAGCUAUCUCAUUAAUUUCUCAGCUGAUUUGUUAAGGUAUCUGUCGACUGAUAUCUCCAUAUAGGACGCAGAAGUGCAAUGAUGAAAAGGUAUAUUAAUUUUGUUUUCUCUGUUUUUAUUAUGUUUAUGGUGUGCCUUCGGUCUGAAAGGCUGUGCAGAAGGGCAGCAAGUGCCUCUACUGCAGAAGUAUUGCUGCGAUUUUGCACGCACACAGCUGAAAGGUGGCAGUGUAUUGUUGUGAACUGCAGAUGUGGAUAUAUAAAUUGUAUACGUGGUACUUUUACCCAUGUUUCGCUUCAAGUUUUGUAGCAUUUCAUGCAAGUAUGUUAUGAGCAUCAAGGAACUCCAAGUGCAUUAAGGCCUAGAAGUAUCACAGCAUCUGCUCAGUGUACUUGCUAAGCUCUUUUAUGCCUCCUUUUGAUAGCUUGGAUUGCUUGUUAUCCUUUCAUAGUCACUGCUAAGCUUCAGCAGCAUCACUGUGCUUUUUGUGUAACCUAAGGUUGACGAACCUUUGUGACUCUCAGUGAGCAUGUACUCAGGAAUGUCAGCAAGUAUGUUAUCGCUGCCAGCCGUGUGCAAUGUAUUUCCCAUAUCUCUGUGGCUGGGUUGCACUAAUGCUGAGAGCAUUAAUGUUUGAUAGGUGCAACAGCAUGCUUAUAGCUUGGUGUGUUAGCUGCUAGGCUAACUUCAUAUUGGACAGCAAAUGCUUGCUUGUCACCAGGAACACAUGCUAGUGUGUGGUGCAACCAGCAUUAAAGUGCUUUCGGUAUACGCACAACUUUGCUAGUACGUGUGCAUAAUACAGAUUUCUUACCGGUGAAAUUGUAUAGCAUGGCGGCUGAGAAUGUUAUAAACUGUGUCCUCUAUAUGGUGGUGGGCUCUGUAUUUUUGUUAUUGUCUGUAAGUGCUUGUGUGCGCUCUUCAACUUUUUGUCUGGGGAGGAUAAACUGUGUCGAGAAAUCGGUAUGUGUUUGAAGCGUUACGACAUGACAUUUGUCGCAGUCUAAAGCGUAAGUUUCUUAUCAGGAAAUUUCACUGAACAUCAUCUUCUUUUUUUCAAUUCUUCGCCCUGUUUCCCAUGGCUCAGAGGUGCUAAUGCAAUUUAUUGGUAUUUUUGUGCUGAUGUGGAAUGCAGUCUCUUGGAGUGAACAUUUGAAUACUAGAACAAUGGACAUGUAUGGAAGGUGAACGCUGCUGUUAUUAUCUAGUCUUGAGAGAGUUUUUAACUUGUUUUCUGGAGACUCAUGUGCUGGGAAGUCAAAAUGGUAUUGCUUACUUAGGCACUUUUUUAAUGAAAUAUCCCCUUUGCUUGGAAGUUAUGCAUUAUGCAAAAUGAAUAUUGAUGCCGUAAUAUUGGUUUGUUUAUUUUCACGCUGCAUAAUUGGCAUUGGGUGUUUCAUAAGAUUCUUAUAGCUCUUUCAUUCAUAUUCUUCCAUAGCACUCUCGUAAUAUUUUUUUUCUUUCGGUAUAAGUGUUUCUGGAAACAGAUAAUUUUGAUCUAUUUUUUGUUAACACUUCUGGUGUGCUCUCAUUCUUACGGCAUGCUUUGUUCAGGGCGUUUAUUCCCUCGUAGAUUAUAUGCUACUACAGAGAUUAUUUUUCUCCGUAGUAGGUUUUCAUCAAUCAGUAUGUCGACUUAUCAUGAGAGGGAGCAUUGGAACAACUAUAGUCUAUAUUUAGCCAUAGAAAAGGCCAGCACUUCUUUAGGUUACGUGUAGAACCAUCGUAUAAGUUCUGAAAACUUAGGGCAUAAAAGUCAAUUCAUGUGCAUGCCUGAGAUUCAUACAUUGUGUGUUAUGAUGGACGUGCUAGUCCUUUAUUAAAGGGCCCCUCACCAGGCCCCAUAACAAAUUUUGUUUGUGUACUUGAAGUUGUCACGUGCCUUCUAGGGAGCGUUCUAUCGCAAGAAUUUUUCAGAAUGGUUCCUUAAUAGCAGAUAUAUAAAUAUUUGAAGUGUCGCGACCCCAUGAUUUCAGGAGGCGAGCUUCACUGCCAACAUUGGCACAGCCUCCACUGGCCCCGUCUAGCCUCCGCAGUCGAAUUUUUUUCCCGCCUCCUCCUCUCUACAUUAACUCUUUCUCUCUUUUAACUGCGUUCUCCCAUACCGGAGCUGCAGGAUCUCAUCACUCAUACGUCACGGACCCCGCCUUCUUUUGUGUGUGUGUGUUCUUGCUACGCGGCGCACUUUCGGUGACGGUCUCGCGCGCGAGCUAGCUGUUGCGUUUGUUUCCAUUCGCUCUGUGCACGAGAACACCUGAGUUGUUUGGCUGCUUCUGUACUACAUUGAAAUGAAUCCCUCCAUGCACGCACGUUUGCAGACAUAGUUUCGUUUUCCGCGCUUGCCUGCACGACGUGGGAACAAGUACGUAGUAUGACCCUCUUGCUACGGCACAGAGUAAAACAAGGACUCGCAGGCAUUCGGUUUGUAGAUUUCAUUAUUUCUCUAAACUUCGAAACGUCUAGUGAAGCAACAGGUCAAACAAAUAAAUGUUGCAGCCUUGAAUAAUUCUCGGAAGUCGUGUGUCACGGUGAGUGACGUUUCAGCAAUGCGAAUUACGUAGGCGCACUUGUUCUUCCGACCUCGGCUCUCCGGCUGGGGUCGAAGCUCCCUCCCUCGAGAAGAAGCUUCGGCGCGCGGCGUUUGGUUUGAAAGCUCAGCUUGUUUUCGCGGGGGCAUCAGCCGUGUAAUAAUUUGCAGACAUGACGUCAGCGCGUAUUGUAUACACUGCGCUUGUCUGGUUAAAAUGACCAAGCCUGGUGAGGGGCCCUUUACUUAUGCUUCACUGCACAGUAGAUUUAGUGUUUUAUGGCUCAUAGCACUUCACGAAGCGUUCAAAUGGAUCUGAGUUGUUUUAAGCAUGAAGUCAGUCAUAACUGUUUCUCUGUGUUCUGCUCUUUACUUGCUGAGUUUUAUGGGUGCCACAUAUGCACAACCAUGUCACUUUGAUUGGAAGCUUCUAAACAGAUGACAUCGUAUUAAUUGAUGAGUCACGUUCAUAUUACGCUUCACAUAAUGCUUAGUAUAGCAUCGGUAGAAGGGGCUUUAGGGUGUGUCAUGGUGAGUGACCAUGACACACCCUCCUACACCCCCUCCUACCCUCCUACACUUCUGUCUGCCACGUGUACAUAUAUUGGACGUACGUGACAUUUAGGAAAAACCUUCUGGAAAUAAAAUUCUGGGCUACUGUUCUUUAUCUUGUCUCGAAUAUCACUUCAAAGCUGGUCAAUUUCCAUACCCGUAUGUCAUUUCGUUAUCACAUUUGCCUUCCAGGUCAGGUUGGUGAACCUUUUUGCACGUCUCAAUGAAGCCGUUUCUUAUGAUGACCCAAUGUAUCCCUGACCGACUUCUUGACGUCAUCUUGUGUGUCUUUGUGCAUUCUGAGUCGUAAUAAUGUAUAUGAAAAAGGCGUCCACUAUGUGUGAAAUGUGGGGAUGUAUUUGUAUUUUACCGUUUUUUAUGGCAACCUUGGUGCAACCACCAUGUCGUGACACUGCCCUCAGACCAUGUGCAUCUCGCUGCUGUCAAGUGCUUUGGCAUGUUUCUGUGUGCUUUCAUCUCUUUGUUAGCACGCUGAAAUAAAGAGUUCAAAAGCAAA